GUAAUAUAAAAUGUUUCCGUGACAUUUACAAUAGGCAUGUAUUCCUGCUCAGGGGAGCAAGAUGUUGUUUUCAGUUCAAACUUCUUUCACCAUCAUUGAAUAGCCUGCAGACUUACUGGAAAUGUUGCUUUUCUCUGGAUUUCUGUAAAUUAUAUGCUUUAGAGAAAUGUUAUGCUUUUAACAAUAAUUUAAUUAAACAGUAUACAAGGAAAUAAGGGAAACUAUCAAGAGUUAUAUUUUCAUCAUGUGGGGAUUAUGCCGAAGUUUUUUUGUCACCGUCCUCUGUAUCCAAUUUGCAUUCCUGCUCUCAUUGUUUUAUAUCGACAUUGAUACUUGGAGAAAGACUUCAGCAAAGAUCCUGAGAUUUUCAGGCCUAAAAUGUGACAAUAACCCUCAGACCUCAGAUUUCCUCAAACUAAAUAUAGGACCGUUUUAUGACAGUCCUUCCUCAUGUAACUGCCGAAACAACCAGUCGGCCGCCCAGUUUGUGUCAAACGAUGAAUUAGAAGAUCUACAGAGACGUCGAGCAGAAGAGUACAGACAACAUCAGAUCAGGACAGGUAGAGAGAAUGAUGUUCUUGUUCUUGCCCCUCCCAACACUCCGCUCCAGUAUCCCAUCAGAGGAUUCAGAGUUAAUCCCAUGACUAAAACUCUCAUUCCUGGUCUAGCUGUACAAACACAAAACAGAGAUUUGUACAAGGUGUCACUGAGGGUACAGAAGGGUCUGCUGUCAGUAAUGGAUGAGAAGAUUGUUUUUGGCCAGAAUGAGGGAAAUCUGACCAUCUCAUCCAGUAGCCUUGAUCAUCUCAAUGAACUGCUGAGCAGAGUGACCUACACCAGCACCAUCUUUCACAUCAAGACUGAAGAUCUCGCUUACUUCUCUUUUGAGAACCAUGAGGUCAUAUUCCCCAUUGAGAUCAGACGUCGGUCAGUUCCUAAUCUUUAUGACCCGGGGAAAGAUAUAAACUCCCAGGUGACUGUACUUGUAAAGGCAUUUCUGAGAUAUAAGGAACUGAAUGCUCUUAUUCAGAGUAUUCGCGUGAACUACCCAAAGAUAAAGAUCAUUGUAGCAGAUGACAGUCUUAAACCAGAGAAGGUUGUUGGUGAUAAUAUCGAACACUACAUUAUGCCUCCGGCACAGGGCUGGUUUGCCGGCAGAAAUCUGGCAGUGUCACAAGUCACGACUAAAUACUUCUUAUGGUUGGACGAUGACUUUGUGUUCCUGAAUGAGACGCGUAUAGAGAGCUUUGUGGAGGUUAUGGAAGCCGUUCCUGAAUUAGAUGUGGUCGGUGGUCAGGUAGGAAGAAAUCAGUUUCCCUUUAAAUUGAAUUAUAAAGAAGGGAACGGCGAAGAAGGCGGUUGCAUCUCACGUUUCAGAGGUUCUUACGCACCCCUGCCGGGAUUUAAAGGGUGUUUCUUCGUCGAUGGAGUUGUGAACUACUUUAUGGGUCGAACGGAUGCCGUGCGUAAGGUCGGUUUUGACCCGUUCCUCAAAAAGGUCGGACACAGUGAAUUCUUCAUUGAUGGACUUGGAGAAUUGUUAGUUGUCACCUGUCAAGGUCUCAUAAUUGGUCAUCAGAAAAAAACGUACACACCCAACUACAGAAAAUACAGACAUCCUCCAAAAGCUGAUUCAGAAAAUAAACUGACUCACCAUUAUUUCAAGAAUCAUCUAAAAUGCAUCAACUACUAAAAGGAGAUUUACAGUGUCAUCUGAGCUUUACAGAGUUAAAGGCAUCAAACAAUAUUAACUUUACAAUAUCAACACAUCAAUAAUAUUAAUCUUUUACAGUAUGUUGUAGGGAUGCACCGAUAGGAUUUUUUAAGCCGAUACCGAUUUAAUAUUAAAUCAUUUUAAUUGAACAACAGACAUGCAACUCAUUGCCUUUAUGCGGUUAAUUAAUAAACAAUCGGUAUCGGCCUCUCUCGUGCUUUUGCCGAUAUGCCGAUGGUUUCAAAUUGAUCAAAAAUCGGCCGAUAAAUAUCGGCGGCCGAUACAUUGGUGCAUUGCUAGUAUGUUGUAAAACAUGACAGACAUUUAGUGGUGAUAUUAAUGCCCAGAUAAAGGUACGUUUGUAAGAUGUCUGCAAAACAUCUGAAAUAUAUCUGGUGUGGAAAAACAUCUCAGAAAGAGCUGUUUUAUUCGAAAUCAGACAUCUUCAGUAAGUCUCAGUUUGCAGAUGAGGAAAGGAUUAAAAAAACACAUCUUGAUGUAAACACAGAUAUCAAAUAGACAUCUCUGAGAUUUAUGUGUGCUAAACACUGAUCUAUAUAAAUGACUGGAUUGUACAUGGUCACAAUUGUAAGGCCACCGUGCUGCCAUAAUAUUAUUGGUAUGCCCAAACACUCUAUUAAAUUAAUAGGAGUUAUGAGAUUUUAAAGGGGACUUUUUCCAUGUUUAAGUGCUAUAAUUGGGUCCCAGUGCUUCUAUCAACCUAGAAAAUGUGAAAAAGUUAAACCCAGUAAAUCAUUCUCUGCAAGCAUGGGAAAAAUUAAGUCAUUGAAAUUUGGCUCCCCUUGUGAUGUCAAAAGGGGAUAAUAUUGACCCUUAAUCUGCACUAUCCAACCAUGACACUGCCAUUUAGAGAAAAUAAUUAACAGCACAAUUAAGUUUCAAUUUCAACAAACCACCAACAGUGUUUGCAUUUCAUCAUCUCAUUUACAUUUUAAAGGACACACCCAAAAACGGCACAUUUUUGCUCAUACUUAUACUACAAAGUGGCAAUAUUAACAUGUUAUAAUAAAUUAUCUAUAUGGUAUUUUGGAACUUCACAUACAUUCUUUUGGGUGAAUUUAGAUCGUGAUUUUGAAUGUAAGUCAAUGACGCCCUCUGUUUUUUGGGAAUAGCAAGAGGGCGGCUCGAACUCUGCGAUGGCUUCACCUCACGCUGUUACGUUAAGCGUUCUAUGCACAAUCCAGUCAUUUAUAGAUCAGUGGUGCUAUCAGGGUUUGGUUUGAUCAAGUUUAUUUUGCAACAAACCUUAUGAGCAUAUGAAAUGUUCUAUGUAAUAUCCUACUUCCUACAUCUGAAGUCAUAAUAAAAUAACAGUUACAUUUACAUGCUUUGUUUUAAGAGAUAAACAUGAAAGAUUAUUCCAGCAUAUUUCAACGAAAGCCCAUAUGAUACUGUACAUGUUAUUUUUUAUGUAAGUAAUUAAUUGUUACUGUUUUUAAAGCUGCAAACAAUAAAUCAGAAGUUUUGCUGAAAUAAAGAUAUUUGCCUUGAUAUGAUAUAAUAUCGAAGGAUAUGCAUCCUUUCCUGUAUAUGGGAUAUUUCUCGAACAAAGGACUCAGUCCUUGGUUGAAAUUCUGAGGAUCCUCGACAUUGGAACAGUCCUUCGACGGAUGUCGAUGACGUAGAAUCCUCGAAAUUCUGGCUUCCGAGGAUUCUUCCUUGACAUUGAGAAACGUAUCCUAACGCUUCACAGCACACUGCUUCACCCAAAUGUUCAUUACCUGAAGCUUCCUUCAACAUUGCUCCCUAUCAUCUAGCAAAAGAAAUGUUAAAAGAAAUAGUAGAUAAAUAAAAUAAAUUUUAUGCA